CAAACCCCGGAAAUGGGAAGUUGAGGAUUGAGAAAGUUUUUAAAAUGUUGUAAGCUGUAUGUUUAGAUCCUCACUGUGCGUUUGAUCAUCCAGAAUGUAUUGCUAAUAUCUCAAUUUCCAAAUUGUGAAACGCUAACAGUCACAUAUCAAUACGUUUGGGAUGAUUUCUUGGCACAAAUUCCGAGUUUUAACAAGAAGUACAUUCCUGAUCAGAAAUCGACUCGUCCAGUUCUUGCUGUGAAAUGACCUGACUAUAGGAGCUCACAGUGAAAGAUUAUUACAAUGGCCCGAAUAGCCUGGUAUCAGGAAAAGAUUGGUGCCUAUGACCAGCAAGUCUGGGAGAAAUCUUUGGAGCAACAACCCGAUUUAAAAGGAUUACAUACUAAGCCAAAGAAGAAUUGCCACAUCAAACCAGACCUCAUAGAUGUUGAUUUAGUACGAGGGUCAACAUUUAGUAAGGCUAAACCAGAGAGUCCCUGGACAGCCUUGACGAGGAAGGGUUUGGUGCGAGUGCUGCUCUUUCCUUUCUUCUUUCAGUGGUGGAUCCAGGUGACCUCCAAGUGUGUCUCCAUAUGUAUCCUCGUACUCUACUUAUUACAAGUUGCUGCUGUGGUGCUGUACUUGGACGUCCCUGGGGCAAAUGCCAGUGAGGUGUUUGGUCCCAUGUGUCUUAUGUUGCUGUUGGGGACUGUGCACUGCCAAAUCGUGUCGACUGAGUCCAGCCGGUGGCCUUCAGGCAGUCCAGCUGCCAGCAUCACAACCAGCCCAGCUCGCAGGAGGAGGCCAAGGAAGAGCAAAUAUCCUAAAAGGUCUGAGGAAAAGAAUGACAGUGUGGAUGUCCCUCUACCAGAUGGAACAAACGCAGAAAAGAAAAAUGAGCAGAACAACAAUAAGUGUGGCUUUGGAGCUUCUGAUGAGUUGUCAAGUGAUGAAGAAUAUGGAGUACAAUCAAUGGAGGAUCCUCAUGCACUACCUCAUAGAGAAGACAAUGAAACAACACAUUCAACAUUCACUGUCAGAAGAAGAAAUGUAAAGUCUCACUGUAAACCUGCUGUGAAACCUCAGGUGGGAAAUGUGUCUGCUGUCAGGAUGAAACCCCGAGAACUGGAGCGUCUUAAGCCAAAUGUGAGCCCUCGUCAUGCCUCGGACACUGAUGACACAAUGUGGGAGGAGCUUCUGCAGGGCCCAGACACGGUCUCAACAGGGAGCAGUGACAGUGAAGCCAAUGCGAGGUACAGUGGAGGGGCCAUGGCUCUCCGGGAAAGCUCCUCUCAGAGCAACAAUGAUGAAAGUCUACAUCAGAGCAUCACAGGAAACCAACUGUCAUGGCUUCAGGCUUGUCAUCCAUCCAAGGACAAAGUUAGUGCCAUUAUUUGGGAACAGGGCGAGUGUAAGAAAGUCGACAUGUCAGUAUUGGAGAUAAGUGGAAUCAUCCUAACACGGGUGAAGAUGGUAGAGCAGGGUGUAGGCUACCUGAUGUUUGGUGGAGUGGUUACAGCCACAUUGGCUUUGCUUCCUUUUGCAUUUCGACUGGCUGAGGAACUGAACAUGUCUAGCCUCAGCUCUACGGCCAUGUCUGAGGUAUUGGAGAUGGCAGUGGGACCACCUGAUGCCAAAGCCUAUGUGUUUUACUUUAUCACUACAGUGCAAAGAAUCUGCCUCACUGGACUAUUCUUCUUUAUGAUGUGUGUGGCUGAAAGAACAUAUAAACAGAGACUUCUAUUUGCCAAGUUCUUUAGCCAUCUAACCUCAGCUCGAAAGGCCAAGAAGUCUGAGGUUCCUCAUUUUCGACUGAAGAAAGUGCAGAACAUAAAGAUGUGGUUGUCUCUACGCUCUUUUCUCAGAAGAAGGGGGCCUCAGCGCUCUGUUGAUGUCAUUGUCUCCACAAUAUUCCUUUUAGCACUUUCUAUUUCAUUCAUUGUCUGCGCCCAGCUUUUGCACAAUCAUAAAAUGUAUCUGGAAUCUUUAACUAAUUGGGAGCUUGUUGUGUGGGGACCCUCCCUCCUACUCUUUCUAUUGAGACUUGCUACUUUAGGCUCUGAGACAACCAGCAAAUACAGUAACUCCUCAGUAUUACUCACUGAGCAGAUUAACUUGUAUCUUAAAAUGGAGAAGAAACCCAACAAAAAAGAGGAACUAAAUAUUGUUAACAAUGUUUUGAAGCUGGCAACAAAACUAAUGAAGGAGCUGGAUACUCCAUUCAGACUUUUGGGUUUGACUGUGAACCCUCUAAUCUACAACAUCACUAAAGUGGUCAUUCUGUCUGCUGUGUCAGCUGUGGUCAGUGACCUGCUGGGCUUCAACAUCAGACUUUGGAAGAUCAAGUCUUAAUGUGAACCUGGCAAACCACUAUCAGAUGAACACUGGAGAUGAGACAUACUGCGUGUGCAUCUCAUUAAUCUACAAAUCAAAUGUGUGCCAACCUACUGACACUUAAGGAAAUGUCUGUGCCAUUCAGCUUCCUGUGGCAAGCAUUGGAUGCCUCGACAAUCAGUCACAUGCCCCACUACUGGCUGCCCAACUGAUGCACUUUCCAUUACCUCUGCCUCUAAUCUGGAACAUAACUAUGACCAUGAAUGUCCCCCAGUGUAUAACUUUAAUAAUGGUGUCUGCAAAACUAGUACAAUUAUUUAACAAAUAUAAUUGUAUAUUUUUGGACACACAUAUUAUAUUUAAAUUACUUUCUAGUGAUGUUAUGACAGGGAUUUGUUGAGGAUUUACUGAUGGUUUUAAAUUCAAAAUAAAUCCAUCAAAAGGAAAAAAAUGUACAGCAAGAUAUUUGUGCAAUGUUGUUAUUGUUAAUGUAAAGUUGUUGGAGCAAGGGAAAUGGUGGAAGAAACCUACUCUAUUUUAAGACUCAACUGAAAAGGUACCUUUAUGUCACUUUAAGACUUUUUUAUGGCAUUUAAGCUGAUAAAAUAAAAUUAACGGGUGUUUCUUUUGUGUGUAACGGG